AUAAGGAUUAAAUAUUUACGAACAGGUAUAUUAAUAACCCUGGUCUGGCUGUUUACCUCCUCAUCGUCGUGGUUCCUAAUCCUCGCCUCGUCUUAUAUUAACGUCUAUUUAUGUCUCAAAGAAAUGGAUCAGUUCUGGAAGAUAUUGAUGGCCGAGAGAUCGAGUUUAGAGAAGUAUCGGUUCGCCACCGACGAGGAGUUGGCCGAAAAGUGUGACGACGUCUGUGCCGUCUGUUUGUCGGAAAUGUCGCACAGGGCUAGAGUCACUCCGUGUCGGCAUUUCUUUCACUGCGAUUGUCUCCGGCGUUGCAUUCAAUUGAACGGAACGGCGCCCACAUUAUGUCCAAUUUGUAAACAAAACAUAUGAUCCUGAUCACUUAUUUUUCUUACUGCUAAUUAAUCCCUUUAUUUUUAAAUAUUUGUCAAUCCUUUCAUACUACAGUUUAACUAAAACCAUAUCAAAUUUAAAAAUUAUUUUUUCACAAAAAAU